CGGGGAGCAAGGCUGCGUUUCCAGCACAAGAGCGAGAGGAAGGCGCGGCGGGCUGUGCCGUGUGCCCAUGCUCCCUCUCCCGUGAAGCUCGCCUCUGCUCUGCCCCCAGACCCUGCCAGGGCCCGGGCGGCCAUGGCUUCCAUGGCGGCGGCGAUCGCUGCCUCCCGCACAGCCGUCAUGAACGGCAACCGGCCGCUGGACGAGCGGGAGCGCAAGCGCUUCAGCUACUUCUCGUCGCUGAGCCCCAUGGCUCGCAAGAUCAUGGCGGAGAAGGAGCGCAUCCGCGAGCGGUACGGGCCCGAGUGGGAGCGGCUGCCGCCCAGCCAGCAAGACGAGAUCAUCGACAAGACCCUGGUGGAGCCGCAGGUCCAGGCCCGGUAUGCGGCGCACCGAGGAGCCGCCCGGAGCUCCCCGCCUCCGGUCUGCUACCCGAACCUGCGCCUCAACACCGGCCAGAAGGUGGUGCACUUCGGCGACGAGGAUAUAACUUGGCAGGAUGAACACUCAGCUCCUUUCUCCUGGGAAACCAAGAGUCAGAUGGAGUUCAGUAUUGCUUCUCUGUCGAUACAAGAACCGAGUGGAGUGUCAUCACAGAAUGAACAGAAACAACCUGUCAAAACAGCUCCAGGCCCCCAGAUCCCCAAACCUUCACAAGGUGGUAAAACAGUAAUCUCAGAUGGGUUUAUACCAGCCAGGAAAGAUGACGAGGCCUCUUUCUGGAAGAUAAAUGCUGAACGCUCCAAGUUUGAAGGGGAACAGUCCGAAUUCUGCUCCCUGACCCCUAGCCAGAUCAAAUCCAUGGAGAAGGGAGAGAAGAACCUCCAGCCUUAUUACAGGCAAGAAUCUGGUUCAAAAGAGGCACCCAAAGCAGAGAAGUCUAACAUGAUGAAACCUGAAAAAUUGAUCACUCCCUUUCUCACUCCCACAUCUGUGGAAUGGGAGAAACCUCAGCCUGCUGUGAGCACCACUCAGGCCCUUCCUGAACCGGUGGAAAAACUGUCAUCUCCUGGGACAAGAAGUGAAGAUACUGAUAGCGGUUUCCUUUCAGACUUGCAGACACAUGGUCAGAACAAUACAGGUAAUGUUAUCUUGAAGACGGGAUUUGAUUUUCUAGACAACUGGUAAAGAAGAACAGAAUAACUUCAGUGCAUUUUUUGGAGAGAGCUAAAAGGAGCAUCCUUUCCCCUCUAUCCUUUGUUUUGUUACUGGCUUUUAUGUGUUCUUUAAAAACAAAGCAUAAUGUUCCAGAUCUUUUAAAUGUCACCUUUGUAUUAAUACUUUUUGUAAACUCAAGAUAGAUAUUUGUAUUUUGAAAUGGUCCAGUGUUAGUGUGGGGUGUUUUGUUUUUUUUAAUUUUCACAAUCCUCCUGCAAAAUGAUUAGCCAUGAUGGGAUGGACAGGAGUGAUUUCCUGAUCAUUGCUUAUAUAUUAAGGACCGGGAGGGGAAUCUGGCUUGGGAGAGACGUUACGGCCUCCUGACAGAGGCACCCAUUUUCAUACUGAUGCCAGUGAAAACGACGACCUGGCUACACCAGGAAUGACAAAAUAGAGGGAAAGUGUGAAGAAAUGAUUGAAGCACAAAAUUCAGAAUACCAAAAGUCAUCAUGCCUCUUUGAAAUAAAUCAUAAAGAUAAUAAGGCUGCAGUUUUUAAAAGAAAAUAUUUUUGUAUUGGUACGUUUAGUUUGGCUUAUUUCUAUUGCAGCUGAUUCGUCUGUGGGAUAUUUGGCAGUGGGGAUAUUUUUGAAAUGGGAAGACUUUGCCAAAGGGGGAUAUUCAAAGCAGUACUGUAGCUGCACUUGAAUAAUUCCCUGAAACUAAAGCCAGGGUUGGGGUCAAGGGAGAAAAUAAAGACAUAUGGGAUGCAGCCAGUCAUUUACAGGCUAAAAUUGCUUGAUAAAAGUAACUUUUGUGGAGAAGAGUACCUCAAGUGAUGACUGUACCAAUCUAUAGGGGUGUAGAUCGCCCUCUGUUAUUAUAUCAGUGUACUUUAUUUACAUUGAAGCAUUAUGGGAACACUUUCUAAAAACUUCUUUAAUAAAAAUGGUUUCUUUUCGGGACAGGAUUAUAUAACUUCUGGUGCUACUUCCCUUCAUGGGAAUAGAACUUCCAGGUGUCUCAUAGCCUACCUGUUUUGGCAGGUUUAUAUUUUCAGGGGGGCUUACUGCUUUUUAAAAAUAGUUUUUAAAAAUAGUGUUGCCCACUUGCAGCUUGAGUUGGUCGAGUUCAUCAUACCACCUUGGGAUUCUACCACCUUAGUUUGCCUCCUCUGUAGACCAGGCCUCAUUCUUGUCUAAUGCUGAAACACAUGAAUAGAAAAGUUAUGUCGGCUGGAUUGCCAUUUCAGAAGUGCAUUGUGGUUUCUAUCCUGCCUCUGCUCUGCCCCCUUUACCUUUAAGCCUUAAUUCCCAGUAGUGCACAAAUGGUGAUCUGUCCAAUCCAGUAGCUGACUGAUCUUCUUAACCUCAAGAACUGGAUUUUCAGAAUACUGGUCCCUUGAAUCCUUAAGGAGGACCCAGCAACCUCAGAUUGGUUAACCCCCCCCACACACACACACAUUUACAUUUUUUCUCUGCAUUUUAAUAGUUCCACACAGUUCUAAUGUCAGUUACUACCAGCUUUCUCCAGAUAGGCCAUAACAACUGUAAGUUUUCCACUGUGUGACAGCAUAAGGGCUCUGUCAAUGGCGAUCUGAAAAUCUAAAGAAUGAGGAUGUUUCUGUAUAAGUAAUGUCUUACACUACUCUUUUUUAAUCUGUUUAUCCAGUCAGUUACUGUCUUAUAUAACCUGCAGGCAAAUAAUAGUGUUGGUAAAGUUAGCUCAUAUAUCAGAGUCUAGUUCUAAAUCUUAACUUUUCUUCUAAACAAGGGUAGAUAUGUUGUAAUAGAAAGUUAUAGGAUGUGGGGAAAGCAGUAAAGAGAACUCAAAGAAAAUGUGGCUUCUGGGAGCUGUUUUACACUUUGUGCCAUAACAUGCAUAUGGGCUUUUGCUGUGGUAAGCAUUAAAAGCAGGAAAUGUGUGAUGAUGUAUUUGUAACAAUGCUGAUGAAUGAUCAGACCCCUCAGUGUGUAACACAGCUGCAAAAAAACAGCUAUGUGCCCCCUAAUAGUAACCUGAGCUGUGGUGCUGGGAAAGGGUGUGUGUGAUUAAUUCAUUCUAAAAUGGCGGCCAUCCUGGGCUUCCUUAAAGCCACUGUAGGGGGAAAAGAUCAGUAAGCAUAUUGUGCCUAUGUUUUUGCUCUUGUGCUGUCUUGUGUUUUCUCUCCCUCUUGCUCCCCCCUCCUUAGGAUUUUCUAUCAGGAAGCUGAUGUGUGGGGACAGGCCGUUACUGAAAACAUCUUCCCAGCAUCUCAGCCCAAUCUAUACUGGGGGUUCCCCCCAGCUGCUUUUUCAGCUGCAUUCCAUGUCCAAAGAUCCAGUUGUACAUCCCCAAUGGCAAAUGUAUUGUGUCCCUCAGAUAGGUUUGAUGCUUUGCUGUGGGGCCACUGUGUGUUGUACAUCCUCCUCUCCAUAUGUUACAUGUUUGCCAUAGCUAACAGCUGUGAUCUCUUGCAGCACUGGUGCCAUUGCAAGCAUGAAUUGGCUCCUGGAUACUGAGUAGCUACCGUUUUGUUUAAACAUUGAUAGUAUCGUAACAUUUCUGGAAUCAUUUGAGUUACAUUACUGAUAGUUCAAAACAGAAACAAACGAAAGCAAUGCCUGCUAUAAUUCAAGGAAGUGUCCAAAGUUCUGAUGGUCUUGUUGACCACUAUGGUUAGUUUUUGCAGGUCACUUUAAGAUAAAAGACAUUCUUACUUUUUAAACUAUCUGAAAUUUUAAAAGCAACAAAUCUAAGAAACAAAAGCUUGAGCACAGGUUUUACAAGCAUAAUGAUAUUUCUGAUUUGCACUUUUGGGGGCAUUUGAAAGAGUCUUUGCAAUCUUACUACAGCUGAAGGUUGUAAAGUAUGAAUUUUCCAGCUCAGGUUCCAGUUUUCCUUAGCUGAAACAUUCAAUUAAUAGCUUCAGUUUUUAUAAAUGGUGUAACUUUCCAUCUUGUUUAGCUCAUAAGAGGACCUUUGGCUUCAUUGUAGGCACUUGCUUUUCCAUGCAGGAGGUCCCAGGUUCAAUUCCUGGCAUCUCCUGUUAAAGGAACUUGGGUAGAAGAUGCCGGGAAAGGUUUGUCCUCUGCUUGAGACCUUGGAGGUGUGCUGCCAUUCAGAACAGACAAUACUAAGCUAGGUGGACCAUUGGUCUGACUUGGUAUAGGGCAGCUUUUUAUGCUGUCAUAUGGGUGACUGCCCUCAGGCCAUUCUGUGCUGUACAAAUUGAAACUUUUAGGUUUUGUAUCCCUGGGUUUGUCCGCUGGAGUCGUCAUCUUACUCACUUAGGGUACAAUUUUGCUGCUCUGCUUUUGCACAACUCCUUUUCAUUUCUGUGAGGCUUGUGCAGGAGAACAUGUUGGUGGGGGUUGUACUCAGUGAAAUUAGCCAGCAAUGUAUGCUGCAGAAUCAAUCUUCAUCCCAUUUGGACUUCCUUUAUUGGGAUUUGAAGCCUAAAUCUGAUGCUUCUCCUUUUGUUAGGUAUGUUUUUAUUGAAAUUCAUACUCAGAAUUGUACUUGGUCACAUUUUAUAUCAAAUAAUUACUUCUUAAUAAAGUC